AUGAGCAGGAAUGUUGAUUACAGCAGAUGGGACAACAUUGAAGUCAGCAGCGACGAUGAUCGCUGCGACGAUCGGCCAUUCUUUCCCGUCGAGGGGGAACCUGCCGAGGUACAGAUUGGAGAUAGGGUCAUGCUACAAAGCUUGCAAAGAAGUGUUUCUUACAAUGGGCACAUGGGGUAUGUGGAGGAUAUUGUUGGGAAGGGGCUGCUCUGUGUGAGGACUGAUGGAGGAAAGCGGAUCAAAGUGAAGCUGGAGAACGUGGCGCUGGUGCAAACUCGAGAAGCUCAAGGAGCCGCCACCAAUGCUCCCAAUGGGAUGCAUGCCAAUCAUGAAGGCCCCGCAGUCCAAAGUGGUUUUCUCAACUCGAACAGGCCUUUCAGCGGAUUCGAGUUUCCGACCUUCCCUGAAUUUCCGGGGCAGAGUGGGCAAACGGUAAAUGUUCGAGUGACAAGCAAUGAAGAAAUUCUUGAAGCAAUCGAAGCUGUGAAGAGCGCUUUCAAAUGGCCCAAUUGGCAUCGUGACUUCGGGAAUUUCUUUGUUGUUGGGACGGCAUGCCUUGCGGUCCAUACUCUCAUGAAACGAGGAUGGCCUAUAUGUGCGGAUAAGGACAGGAUGAGAGAAAUGAUCGUUCAUCUAUCCAAGAAACUGGACCUCGAUCUCAUGUGCAUGAAGCAUCAGACAGACUUCACCUAUGGAUCCGCCAGCCAAGAUGGCUUGUCAUCGGACGAAAUCUCUUCUUCAGGGUUGGCUGCGUUGAGUCGACUGGAGGAUGAAACGACCGAGCUCAGACUUGAAAUAUGGUUGCUUGACGUCUUGAAGUUUGGGAACCCGCUGCAAGUUGCAAUGAGAACGUUCCGCGUUCCUCCUCCCAACCGUCCGGAUCCUUGGAUUCGCCCUGAGCAGAUGGCCCUUGGCUGGGUGAUGGCGGCUGGUCAAACCUCCGUGUUGAACACGCCCUCACCGAACACUGAUAGCACGCAGACGGGAAGGCCGAACAAUCAGCGGGACGGCGGCAACGAUCAUGACCUGUCUGGAGACUCAGCUGGAGGGGCACAACGACAAGAUGCUGCGGGGCCAGGUGGCAGUUCAGGUUCUCAGCCAUCCCAGCCGACCAAUUCGUCAUCGCAGACUUCGAAUCAAACCCCCCAGACUUCGAAUCAACCUCCCCAGACUUCAAAUCCAAGCCCCCAGACUUCAAAUCCAAGCCCUCAGGCUUCAAAUCAACGCCCUCAGGCUUCAAAUCAACGCCCUCAGGCUUCAAAUCAACGCCCUCAGGCUUCAAAUCAAUUUCCCCAGGCUUCCAAUCAAUCACCCUGGACUUCAAACACGCAGAAUUCGAUCCCUCCGCAACCCUUUGUCUUCACGGUGUUUGACUCCUCAGUCAGGAGCAAAAUAUUCUUAACCAUGAAGCAGCCGCUGCAUCUGGCUUCGUUCCAUGGUCAUAUGGGAGUUUGCAGAUUUCUUUUGGGCAUGUUGAAUGCCGCGUACAAUGCUCACGACUCCGUUGUUCGAGUUCUGCUAGCAGCAGGAGCGGAUCCUAAUUCUACAACCCCUUUGAACAAUGGAAUUACAAGGUAUACACCUCUCUUCUACGCGGUGUUCAACAAACCAGCUUCGGCUUCGAGAACAGCUUGCGUCCGCGAGCUCCUAGAAGCACAAGCCGAUCCCAAUCGAACAGACGCGCUGGGCAUCUCACCUCUUUACCUCGCAUGCAAUCAUGGAUACAAGGACAUCGUGAAAGUCCUUCACCAUCACUCUAAGACAAACAUCAACUUGCAGAUCGGAGAAGAUGCCAAGGGAGAGUCUCCUUUAAUCCGGGCCUGCCUCAUGGGCUUCGCAGACAUAGUCAAGGAGCUGCUGGUCCAGCCUUGCUUCUCUCUCGUACGUGCUAAAGUGGAGCAGGGGGAGCGGCCGAGCGAUGGUAUCGACGACAUGGAUGGACCGGGAGCAGACGUCAUGAUCAGAACGAGGGAGGGCUUGACGGCGCUGCAUGCCGCGGCUACCAAAGGGAACGUGGAGAUUGUGAAGAUGCUCAUUGAAGCCGGAGCUCGUCAGGUCCGAUGCAGCCACGGCAACCUGCCGGAGGACGUGGCGAAGAAAAGUGGGCGCGACGACGUCGUUGCCAUCCUGCAGUCGAUGGCAGCGUACACCAACGAGGCAGGCGCUUGA